AUGCGGUCAAGCAGAUACACUUCAACGUUCCGCAGUCUAGCGCUAUUGAGCACAAGUCCUCGACGUUCCAUCUCUAAGAGAUCAUGGACUCUUGAUGCUGUGUAUCGUACACUCUUAGAGCUCGGCCAGUCCGAUGUUCUUCAAAUCACUGAGCAUCAAGCGAUGGCUGUGAAGAUGGCUACACUUGGUUACUCUGUAUUUCUACACUUGCCAACAGGUUCCGGCAAGAGUCUAGCUUUCCAGUCUCCAGCUUUACUAGCUGAACGUCACCAAACGACUCUUGUGGUAUCUCCACUCAUUGCGCUGAUAAAUGACCAAGUUGCAGCUUUAAAACGUAAAGGCAUUGAAGCUCUUCAAGUAUCAGGCGGUCAGAAAACAAAACAUGAGUCAUUAACUCAGAUGCUCGAUGGAAAGCAACUCGUAUAUACGACGCCAGAAUAUCUGCAGCUGAACGCUGAAAUGCGAGAGUGGGUGUCUGUAGCUGCAAGAGAAGAUCGACUGGCUCGAAUUGUACUGGAUGAAGCACAUUGUGUUUUGGAGUGGGGAAAUGCGUUUCGACCAUCGUAUUUGCAGCUUUGCCGCUGGAAACAGCAAUUUAUGAGUAACGUACCUAUUACUCUUGUGACAGCGUCUGUGUCUGAUGAUGAUAUUGCAAGAUUGGCUGAAAUGUUUCAGCUGCAAGUAGUAACUUCGCUGCCCGUAAAAUUUGAUCCAAUUGCAUCAAAACAUAAUCAAAUGGUUGUCAUUCAACAACUGACGGAUCGUACAAAUUUGCGGAUUGAGAUCAUACGAAAACCAUCUCAAGCUGACCAAUGGAUUGCCACGCGAGUUAAGAACGAGCCGACAAUUGUCUAUUGCAUGACACGUAGGGAGGCAGACGAAACUUGUCUUGCUUUAGUUCAGUUAGGAUGCCACGCGGGUGUGUACCACGGUGGUGUAUCACAAAAGCGACGAGAAUUUGUACGCAAACAAUGGAUGAUGGGCCAAUUGACAAUCAUGUGUGCUACCAGUGCCUUCGGUAUGGGAAUUGAUCGGUCAGAUGUGCGCUUCGUUAUUCACCGCUCGAUGCCGGUGUCGCUUUCGGCCUAUUGGCAGCAAAUUGGACGAAGUGGUCGAGAUGGAAGACCAUCCGUGUGUGUGUUGCUCUAUUCUGAAAACGACAAGAAUCGUGCAAACAUUCUCACAACAGAUAUACAUGAGCUUAAUAGUACGAAUUUUGGUAUAUUUUCGACUGGUAGCUCACGAGGCGAAGUGGAAGCCAUAUCUGCCUAUUGCGAGAUGGAAACAGGCUGUCGAAAAGAGCUUCUCUUCUCUCAUUUUGGCUUUUGCUUUGAUUCAUCUCGCUGCGUUCGAAAUUGCAAUUGCGGCCUCCCGCUUGACCAAGAAUUAUGUGAUCGAGAAAAUUUAUGGGAAGGGAGCUCCAAAUUGAAACAUACUAGUGCUCCAGACGGUUUUUCGCAUGGCACUAUCGAGUAUCAGUACCAGAAAGUCUUGGCAAAGUCGAGACGAUUGAAAUUGUCGAAGCGAGAAGCGCUAUCACGCCGUUUGAUUCGGAAUAUUCUUGAAAUUAAGCCAAAGUCAGAAGAAGAGAUGGCGAGCAUGCGAGGCAUCGGAGCCGCAAAAGCUUCGAGGUAUUUCUCCCUUUUUUGCUUUGAUUAA